AUGCUACUGGUGGGCGAUUCCAUAAUGGGCAACCUGUACGAGUCGCUGCUGUGCUCCAUUCACACGGGCGGACACGAGGCAGAGGUACUGCGGUAUGGUGGGAGCGGGAUCAGGGGAGGCGUGGGCCACAAGCCGCUGAACAGCGUGAAGGUGAUGUUCUUCCCGACCUUCAACUUCAGCGUCGCCUACAUCUUCUCGCCCUACCUCUUGGACGCCUUCCAGCAGCAGACCAACGGCGGCAAGCGCGGUGGCGCGCACGGCUACGUCGUGAACGUGACGUCAGUGCACCCCACGGUGGUGCGCCUGCUGCCCAAUUAUGACGUGGCGGUGUUUUCGUCCGGCACCUGGUGGUUGCAGAACGUGCCGGGAAGAAAGCAGCCGAAUACUUUUAUGGUGAAUGGGGUGGUGCAGCAGAACAUCACGAAUAUCGAGGCGUUUAGAACGGGGUUAAAAACCCUCGCGAAUCACGUGAAGCAGUCGAAUUUCUCGGGAAUCCCGUUCUUCCUGACCUUCAAUCCCAAGCACGGCUCCGUUAUGCGCACAGCACGGGGUGACGGGGCAUGUGGGGCAGUGCAACCCAUCGGUCCGAAGGGCGCGUUCAAAUGGUACGAGUCGAUACGAACCGCGGAGGAGUAUUUCAAGAUGCAGCGGCGCGUGCUAACGAGCAGCAGCAACAUGCGGGUUGUGAAGCGAUGGGGUAUACCUUUUCUCUAUGGAUUCAAGUCGGAGCACAAUCAGAGGUUUGCUAGAGGUGUGGUGUAA